CCGGAAAGGAAGUAAAUAAUCACACGAGGUCGUCACAUUGUUUACAUAAACCAUAAACACGUUUUGCAUUCUUCAGGACAGGUUGAAAUAUGAAACAUGAAAGAAGCUAUGCACUGAUUAGCUUUAUUUGGUUGAGUGUUGUAACAUUUGUUUUAGAAGUAUCCACAACUGUCACGAUGCACAGUGUUGGUAGUCUGCGAUAUACCGGGUCAGUCCUAUGUGGUUCUAAGGUCACGUUUAUCUGUUCCAUACCGACAUAUAAAUACACAAUGACCUGGUUAACAGACUCUUAUAAAGCAGCAGAAUGCGUAACAACCAACUGUGUUCAAUACCCGCCAUACGUAAUUGAAAAUAUUGAAUUUUCCACUGACACAACCAAUGGAGUAUUCAACAUGACAAUCAAUCCAGUUACAUUUAAAGCUGAUGGACAUGUAAUAAAAUGUGAAUAUGGUUCGGAUACUGUACAUGUUAUACUGGCAGUGAAAGUUUUUCCUAAACAAAGCACAACAAUAAUAUCCGAAUCAAAAGUUGACAGCCACGAUAUGAUCAAUAUAACUGCGAUGUCUGGAUGUGUAUUUCCUAGUUCAGCAAUAACUUUGCAAUGGUAUUAUUACGAGGCAGGCGAAGCACCUAAGCUUUACCAGAUAAGUUCACCAACUUUUAGUGUUUCACCUGUAUGCAAAUCUGGAACUUGCGGCGGAGAUGGAGUAGUUCAGAUGUCAAGUACACUUUCUAUACCGGAGGUACAGACUGGCAUGGAAUAUUAUUUACAAAUUGCAAUAAAACAUGAAGAUGCUGACAGUAAAGACAUCGUUUUAGUGAACUCAACUGGAAAUUACAAAAUAAAAAUAAAACAAAUUCAUUCCAAGAUCGUCCAGGCAACGGAACUACCAGUCACCGGUAUAGUAGCGGGAGCACUUGCAGCAUUUCUAGUCACUAGUGUGAUCAUAGUGGUGGUCUUUAAAGCAAGGAGAGGUCUUCUGCCUACUUUAAGAUUUGCGUUUUGGUGGUCUGCAGAUUCCACAACCAAUCGUAUGAAACCUGCCAUUGACAAAGUAGAAGGAAAAGAGGAAGGAAGUGCCGAAAUUGCAUUAAAAGAUGAUAGACAAGCCUCAGAAGACCAGCCUGCAGAUGAUCUGGAUUAACAAAAGAAGAGGAAACCAAUGAACCUUAUUUUUAUGUUUUACUUAAUAUGAUCUGGUAUUUCUUUCGCUAAUGUUAGUUACUUAAUUUUGGCUGCUGGAAUCCUAAGGCGGUGCCCGAUUAUUGUUUUUUUUGCUGCUUAUAUGUGUGCGUUUGUAGUUAGUGCUUUUGUGUGUCUUGGGCGGUGUCGUACAGCGUAAUAUAUCUUACUUGUCUGUUUAUCUAUGUUAGUUAGUUAGUAGCAUUGCCUUUGUGUAUUCAUCCUUGUUCUACUUUCCCACUCAAAUUCCCCUUUCUACCCCUUACCCCUUCCUACCCUCUAUCUAUAUUUUGCAUAAAAUUAGAAUGUACUUGUUGGAUUUUUAAAGCAAUAUGUCUGUAAAUUUUUUUGCAUUACAGCUUCUUUUGUUUUGGGCUUAAUUUGCAAAUGCGUGGCUCUGAGGUUGUGUUUGUGGUGCUCUGUGCUUCCGAGAAAUCAACCAUAACCUAUUAUCUUUUGAAGCAAGUAGAGUUAAGAGUGGCAUUUUAAAUGCAGUUAUCAUGAGUUGAAUUAUCAUUUGUGUUUUGAUUUUUAUGUUUGUACUUUUUACAGAUGAGCUGUAAGACACGUCCUUUUAAUCAUAUCGCAUAUAGUUUUAUGCUUCAUUUGUUAAUUUAGAAUAAAAUGUUGUUAGCCACAAUAUACAUGGAGAAUUCAACAAUUUAACAAUACACUGCCAAUUGUAUGGGAUGUUACAAAUCAUACUUUAAUCGUAUCACGUAUAGCUUUAUACAAUAUUUAUCAAUUUACAUUAUACGUUUAGUGAGUCACAAUGCACAUGUAUGUAGGAUUCGCAACUUUUUAAUACUCUGCCAAUUUAUAUGAGAUUCAACACAUGCACAUUUAUUCACAUCACAUAUAGCUUUUACAACAUUUUGGAAUUCGUUUAGUGAGCCACAAUGUACAUGUAGUAUUCAACACUUUUUGAGUACACUGCCUAUUUUCAUGAAAUGUAGCACAGUACUUUUAUUCAUAUCACAUUUAGUUUCAACAUUUGUGAAUAUAGAAUGUACGUUUAGUAAGCCACAGUAUACAUGUAUAAUGCAACACUCUUUGAACACAGCCAAUUUUUUAUGAGCUUUUACAUGUUUACUUUUAAUCAUAUCAUAUAUAGUUUUAUGUAGAUUAGUAAAUUUAGAAUAAUAUAUGUUUAAUUCGUCACAAUUUACAUGCAAUUUUCAACAUAUUUUGAACACCCUGCAAUUUUUAUGAGAUAUAACACAUAAACUUUAAUCAUAUCACAUAAAGAUCUUUACAACAUGCAUGAACUUAGAAUGUACGUUUUGUAAGCGACAAUGUACACGUAGAAUUCAACAGUUUUUGAAUACACUGCCAAUUUUUAUGGGAUGUUAAACAUGUACUUUUAAUCUUAUCAUAUAUACGUUUAUACAACAUUUAUGUAUUUAUUAUAUACAUGAGCCACAGUGUUUAUGAGAUGUUACACAUAUACUUUUAUCAUGUCACUUACAGUUUUAUACAACAUUUAGGAAUUAAGAAUAUUCGUUUAACAAGCCACACUGUUCAUGUGAGUUCAAUUACUUAUGAAUACACUUCCACUUGUUUUGAAAUUUAAUAAUGUAGUUUUAUUCAUAUCACAUAUAAUGUUUACAACAUUUGUGAACUUAGAAUGUACGUUUUGUUACGUGUAUAAUUCAUUAGUUUUCUGAUACACUGCCAAAAUUUAUGGGAUGUUAAACAGAUAAUUUUAAUCGUAUUAUAUGUAGUUUUAUACAACAUUUGUGAAUUAAGAAUGUACGUUUAGUAAGCCAAAAUGUACAUGUAAAAUUCAACAAUUUCUGAAUACACUGCCACUUCCUACGGGAUGUUAAACAUAUACUUUUUAAUCGUAUUAUAUAUAGUUUAUACAAGAUUUUUGAAUUUAUAAUAUACGUUCAGUGAGCCACACUAUACAUGUAGAUUCAACAUUUUUUUUAUUAAACUGCCACUUUUUAUGGGAUGUAACACACGUACCUUUAUUUAUAUAACAUAUAGCUUUUACAACAUUUAUGAAUUAAGAUGAAGCUUUUAGUGAGCCACAAUGCACAUGUAGAAUUCAACAAUGUUUGAUUACACUGCCACAUUUUAUGAGAUUUAAACAUACAUAUUUAAACAUAUCACAUAUUGCUUAUACCGAUUUGUGUUUGUAGAAUAUAUUAAGCCAAAAGGUACAUGUAGACUUCAACAACUUUUAAAUACACUGCCAUUCUUAUGUAAGAUAUGUACCUUUAAUCAUACUACAUACAAUGUAUAGUUGUAUGCAAUAUUUGUGAAUUUAUUAUAUACUUUUAAAUGCCAUAUGUCAUAAUGCAAAUGUAGAAUUAAAAAAUGCUAGUCAGUUUCUUGUUAUCAUUUUCCUCUUUUUCCUUUAUCUUUGGUUGAACACAUACGUUUUGCGGGCGGGCCUUUAGACUUACCAUACCACAAAUUUACGGACGAUACGCUUAUCCGAAACUAAACAACAAGUUGUAACAUUUCACGUAAUUCAAGUCUGUUUAACUUUCAGACAUCUUCUGAGACUCAGCUUUAUCAAAAAAUGCAUUGCUGAAGUACAUAUUUGUAUUAAUCUAUAUUUCAUAACAAAACAAAGCGUAUGAAAAUGAGCAUGCUUGCUUUGAUCACAUGACCAAAACAAUACUCAUCACGUGACCAAAAUAAACUAUAAAUAACCUACAAAAAGUGUACAAUACUUCAUCACCUUCCGCUUAGAUCUAUAAUCGGUAUUAAAACCAAGUUGCGUCUUUUGUAAAACUCAGUUUCUGCUAGAUCGAAAUUUUAUUAUUAUUACAACACCAAAGAGCUUGUUUUGGUCGCAUGAUCAGUAAACAUCUAACUAUCACGGCGUACGUUCUAUUUCGAUAUGAUACUGAAUGAUAAAAUUGCACCCGUGUAUUCGUCGAAGUUUGUAGCAUAGAAAUUGGUUUAUGGACAGAUAUAUUGCAUGAAAUCAACAGAAGAGGUGUUAUUUCAUUUAUUUUUCAUAGAGAAAGAUACGGUCCUUUCAUAAUAUUUACGUAAAUAGUUUUCAUUUGCACGACUUUGCAGGAAAGUAAUUGCAGCCGUAACAAACUUUUUUUUUUGCCUAACUUUAAGGGCCAUAUAUUCACAUCAGCGUCGAAAAAUGUUACUGUAGUUAUGCUUAAAAAGUUCUUAUAGCCAAAAAACGACACGGUAAAACUUUCUAUCUUUUACUAUGCGUUUACGGGACGUAUUAGUGAAA